AUGCUGCAAUUUUAUCCGUAUCACCUCAACGUCAUCUCACAAAGCUUUAUAAAAUUGCAACAUGGCUGUCUUCGUUCGCGAAGCUCGCCGGGCAAAGCUAGAAGUGGGCGGAAUGGUGCGCAGGGUGGCGUCGGACGAGCCGUUGCGGGACGAGCCGACGUGCGGCCGGAGAACGCCCUCGACGCGCUACUAGACGAGCUACAGACGUUUUCGAAGCCGACGGGCGGGCUGCGGCGCCUACACUCGUACCCCAGCGGCAGCGACACGGAUGCGUCGCCGCCGGUGCGCGCACGCGGUCAACACCCGCCCAAGCCGCCCGUGCCGCAGCGACACCCCGAGCUGCUGGCGCUGGCCGGCCGCCGCGCCCCGCCCCCGCCGCCGCCCCGCACCACGUCGCGCUCGCCUCUCGCCUCCCCCGCCUCCCCCGCAUCCCCCGCCUCUCCCGCCUCGCCACUCCACCCCGAAGAUAAUGAUGACAAAAGCGCCGCGCGUCAGGCUCUCCUCGAGCAGCGACACCAAGAACUCCUAAAGAAACAAAAGGCCCUCCAGGAACAGUACGCCCGUCUGCAAAUGAUACAACGCAGCGGACCAUCGCUGCCCCCGAACGCCCAACCCGACCUUAAGAAAACGGGAAGUGAAUCAAAUCUACUUACAAAAAUGAAUUUAAACCUCGCCACUGCGAGUAUUUCGGGGAGUAUGACGCAUCUCGCCUGUGGUGGUGAGAAGAAACGAAACGAAGUCACAGCGGACUCACUCGAUCCUCAGAAAGGGCCUGACGCGAUCGCUACUACUAAUAAAGUCUACGAGACAGACAUACUG